UAUCUGCAUUCCAUCAUGCAUUUGGGUCUUACACUAUGCGAUUCUGAUCUUGGGGUAGGGUCAUGCCUUUUUGUUAAAGCAAACCCUGAACUCACGUGCCUCUCCUAUCCCUUAACAAAACACAUGUCCUUAUUAAGGACAAAUUAAAGUAUCAUAAUUAAUUCACUCAUUUUGACUUAGGAAAAAAAUCAUUUCUUACCUUUUUGAGAGAGAGAGAGAGAAGAGGAGCGGCCUAGAAUUAGCCUUUAGAGUACUUCAGUGUAUAUGUUCUUGCCUAUAAAAAAGAUAAAAGAUUUGUGAGAGAAUGGACAAAGGGUGGCUUUCAAGUGAGGGUGUUGUGGUAAUGGGUAGGUGUUGGUUAGUUGGGGUCAUAAUUGUGGUGGGGUGUGCUAGUUUUCUGGGCACUGUUGGAGUAGUAGAAGGGUAUCCAGCUGAGGAUUUGGUGGUGAAAUUGCCUGGCCAACCCAAGGUUGGGUUUAAGCAAUUUGCUGGAUAUGUUGAUGUAGAUGCCAAGCAUGGAAGGAGCCUCUUCUACUAUUUUGUGGAGGCUGAGCAAGACCCUCACAAGAAGCCCCUCACACUUUGGCUCAAUGGAGGUCCUGGAUGUUCCUCCAUUGGAGGAGGUGCUUUUACUGAAUUGGGACCCUUUUAUCCUAAAGGUGAUGGACGUGGUCUCCGAAGAAAUUCGAUGUCUUGGAAUAAAGCAUCCAACCUUCUUUUUGUGGAGUCUCCAGCUGGAGUUGGUUGGUCAUACUCAAAUACAACUUCAGAUUAUAAUUCUGGAGAUGCCUCCACUGCCAAUGAUAUGUAUUUGUUCAUGCUGAAAUGGUACGAGAAGUUUCCAUCAUACAUAACAAGGGAGCUGUUCCUUACUGGAGAAAGCUAUGCAGGACACUAUAUACCUCAAUUAACUAAUGUUUUAUUGGACCAUAAUGCUCGUUCAACUGGUUCCAAAUUCAAUAUUAAAGGAGUUGCUAUUGGAAACCCACUUUUGAGACUUGACCGGGAUGCACCUGCAAUUUAUGAAUACUUCUGGUCACAUGGAAUGAUUUCUGAUGAAAUUGGCCUUGCCAUUAUGAAUGAUUGUGAUUUUGAUGAUUAUGUCUAUGCAAGUCCUCACAAUGUUUCUCAAUUGUGCAACAAUGCCAUAUAUGAAGCAAAUCUCAUUGUUGGUGAUUAUAUAAACAACUAUGAUGUAAUUCUAGAUGUUUGUUAUACAUCCAUUAUGGAACAAGAACUCAGAUUGAAAAGGAUGGCAACUAAAAUAAGUGUUAGUGUAGAUGUGUGUAUAACUCUAGAAAGACGUUUUUACUUCAAUCUCCCUGAGGUCCAAAAGGCUCUUCAUGCAAACCGUACAAAUCUUCCUUAUAGCUGGUCCAUGUGUAGUCAUGUUCUAAACUACAGAGACACCGAUGGUAACAUCAACAUCCUUCCAAUUCUCAAAAGAAUAGUCCAAAACCAUAUCCCAGUAUGGGUUUUCAGCGGAGACCAAGAUUCUGUUGUGCCACUAUUGGGAUCUCGAACACUCAUUCGUGAACUAGCUCAUGAAUUGCAAUUCAAGAUUACAGUCCCAUAUGGGGCUUGGUUCCACAAAGGACAGGUUGGAGGUUGGGUAACUGAGUAUGGAAAUUUGUUGACCUUUGCCACUGUAAGAGGAGCUGCUCACAUGGUACCUUAUGCACAACCUUCAAGAGCACUUCAUCUAUUCAGUUCUUUUGUGCGUGGCAGGAGGUUGCCCAACACAACACGUCCUUCAAUUGAUGAAUAAGGAUGAUAGUUAUGCCAGUUGUGUAACAAAAAAGUGGCAUGCUCUGAUGACUUUUCUAAAGCCUAAAAGGCCAUAGAAAAGGAAAUGUGAAAGGAAAAAAAAGACUGUUUCGUUAUAAGUAACCAGCGAUUGUAUGGAAAGGAAAAUUAACGUGGAAAAAAAUUUGCAUUCCAUCGUACUUCUACUUCAUUUGGUAGCACAGAUUUCUUUGGCUUCAUUGUUAGGCGCCUUUGGGAUUCUAGUGAAAAAUUUAAGCAACUUUAUUUUUGUCAGUUAUCCUUAUCGCAACAAAUGCUUGUUUUGAAAGUUAUGUAUCAGCAUAAGGUUUGGAUUAUUGGUUAAAAUGAACAUUAAUUGAAGAGAAUUUAGUAGCAA